AGGUUUUUCAUCAUUGGUUAUUUGAACAAACCAUGAUUUAGCAGGUGUUACCAUCUUUCACACGUUGGAAGGGGAGGCGACAUUCGGCCCGUAUCUUGAAAGGGGGGGUGGAGCUUUUCGAUUCGGUUCUGCUCUUUGUUCUACCAUCAAGUUUUAUACGUUUUUACAUUUUGUAAAAAAUAUUCCAAUUCCAUUUUGAAAAAUUUGCCAAAGUGAAAUAUACAAGACAUUUGUGGAAAGUAAUGAACGAUGACACACUUCAGGAGAAAGGAGGUAUUAUAAGGAUGCAGCCAUCAAUCAGAGAUUUGGACUAAAGUAAUAAAACAAAUUGGUCUAAUGAUAUUCUAUGUACAAUACUUCCUGUGGUCACCAGGACAGAGCUAGCCCGUCCCCCUCCAACCUGCCGGAGUCCCCUGGUCACAACUCUCCCGGUAGCGCCUUCCUGCUGAGUCUGAAGAGGGUGUCUGUGCGGCUGGUCGACUGCAGGAAAACACCAUGGCAGAGUGGAACUGUGAGAGAAGGACACGAGGAGGGAGAUGGAGAUUUGAUUUCAUCAAGGGAAACACCGUACCGUUGUUCUCUCAGUGGGAGGGGCUUAUCAUCUGGGGAGCCUCAACAACAUCAUGUUGCUGAGGAGACAGAGAAGAGUGUCUCCAGAUCAGAACAUCUCAAGAAAUACCAGCAGGGACGUACAGGGAAGAAACAUCACUACUGCUGCUCUGACUGUGGGAAGAGUUUCACAAGCCAGAGUGGCUUCAUUAUUCACUGUGAUCAGUGUGGGAAGAGUUUUGCUGCAUCUAACACCUUCAAAUCUAAUGACAGAGCUAGUCCGUCCCCCUCCAACCUGCCAGAGUCCCCUGGUCACAACUCUCCUGGUAGCGCCUUACUGCUGAAUCUGAAGAGGGAGUCUGUGCGGCUGGUCGACUGCAGGAAGACACCAGGGCAGAGUGGAACUGUGAGAGAAGGACACGAGGAGGGAGAUGGAGAUUUGAUUUCAUCAAGGGACACACACCGUUGUUCUCUCAGCGGAAGGGGCUUAUCAUCUGGGGAGCCUCAACAACAUCAUGUUGCUGACGAGACAGAGAAGAGUGUCUCCAGAUCAGAACAUCUCAAGAACCACCAGCAGGGACGUACAGGGAAGAAACAUCACCACUGCUGCUCUGACUGUGGGAAGAGUUUCACAAGCCAGAGUGGCUUCAUUAUUCACUGUGAUCAGUGUGGGAAGAGUUUUGCUGCAUCUAACACCUUCAAAUCUAAUGUAAGAAUUCAUGAAGGGGAGAAGCCUUACCUCUGUCUUGAUUGUGGGAAAAGCUUUGUUAGUGCAGGAGCCUUAACCAUACACCAGCGUGUACACACUGGAGAGAAGCCUUAUAGCUGUGAUCAGUGUGGAAAGAGCUUCAAUCAGUCAUGCAACCUGACUACACACCAGCGAACACACACUGGCGAGAAGCCUUAUAGCUGUGAUCAGUGUGGAAAGAGCUUCAAAAAUUCAGGCCACCUGACUACACACCAGCAAAUACACACAGGAGAGAAGCCUUAUAGCUGUGGUCAGUGUGGGAAGAGCUUUGCUCGAUCAGAAAAACUAACUAUACACCAGCGAAUCCAUACUGGAGAGAAGCCUUAUAGCUGUGGUCAGUGUGGAAAGAGCUUUGCUUUAUCAGAACACCUAACCAUACACCAGCGUGUACACACAGGAGAGAAGCCUUAUAGCUGUGGUCAGUGUGGGAAGAGCUUUACUGUAGUUUCCUCCCUGACUGUACACCAGCGAACACACACUGGAGAGAAGCCUUAUAGCUGUGAUCAGUGUGGGAAGAGCUUUGCUGUAUCAGAAAAACUAACUAUACACCAGCGAAUACACACAGGAGAGAAGCCUUAUAGCUGUGAUCAGUGCGGGAAGAGCUUUGCUCGAUCAGAAAAACUAACUAGACACCAGCGCAUACACACUGGAGAGAAGCCUUAUAGCUGUGGUCAGUGUGGAAAGAGCUUUGCUCAAUCAGAUAACCUGAAUUCACACCAGCGAACACACACUGGAGAGAAGCCUUAUAGCUGUGAUCAGUGUGGAAAGAGCUUUGCUCUAGCUUCCACCCUGACUGCACACCACCGAACACACACUGGAGAGAAGCCUUUUAGCUGUUAUCAGUGUGGGAUGAGCUUUGCUCUAGCUUCCACCCUGACUGCACACCACCGAACACACACUGGAGAGAAGCCUUAUAGCUGUGAUCAGUGUGGGAAGAGCUUUGCUUCAGGUUCCACCCUGACUAGACACCGGCGAACACACACUGGAGAGAAACCUUAUAGCUGUGAUCAGUGUGGGAAGAGCUUUAAUCAGUCAGGGACCCUGAAAUCACACAAGCUAACACACGCUGGAGAGAAAGAAGCCUUAUUCCUGUGAUCAGUGUGGGAAUUGUUUCAGUCAGUUAUGGACCCUUUAUUCACACCAGUGAACACACACUGGAGAAGGAACCUUAUGUCUGUCUAUGUGGGAAGAGCUUUGUUAAUUUAGGGCCAAUG